AUGACCAACUCGCGUCCACAUCAGGCGAACAUCUUAAAAACCCCGCUUGAAAUGACCAUAUGGGAGGCCGGUCGGCAGUUCAGGGACACAAUCGAAAACGUGCCGCCAAGACUGCUCACGUUACGCACCGAUGACGUCGAAUUUGUCACGAUUAUGCAAACGUCAUCGUCGCGAGUAGGAUUUGACUCCAUUGUUAUGCCCUUCACGGUCAAUCAAUCAUACAUGUCACACGCCGGUUGA